CUCUUCCCAGGUUUGUGACUCACAAUUUUGAGAGCUAAAGAACUCUCACUCAUGGCGAACACCAGCAGUACUACUGAUGUCAAGGUUCUGGGUGCAUGGCCGAGCCCAUUCGUGAUUAGGGUUCGCAUUGCCCUGAACAUCAAAUCUGUUAAGUACGAGUUUCUUGAGGAGACAUUUGGUUCUAAGAGCCAGCUUCUUCUCCAAUCAAACCCUGUACACAAGAAAAUCCCGGUUUUCAUCCAUGGCGGAAAGCCCAUCGCUGAGUCUCUCAUCAUUGUGCAGUACAUUGACGAAGUCUGGAGCUCUGGUCCCUCCAUCCUCCCCUCUGAUCCCUACGACCGUGCCAUUGCACGAUUUUGGGCUGCCUAUGUUGAUGAUAAGUUUUUCCCGCCCUUGAGACUCAUUAAGAGUGCACAAGGAGAGGAGAAAGCGGCAUUAGUGAAACAAGUGACUGAAGGACUUGAUCUAUUGGAGGAAGCAUUUCAGAAGAGCAGCAAAGGGAAGGCUUUCUUUGGGGGAGAUAGAAUUGGGUAUCUUGAUAUUGCUUUCGGAUCGACGUUGGGUUGGCUGAGAGCAACAGAGAACAUGGGUGAGGUGAAGCUGCUGGAUGGAGCAAAGACUCCUGGACUGGUGCUAUGGGCUGAGAGCUUCUGUGCCGAUGGUGCUGUUAAGGGUUUGAUUCCAGAGACCGAGAAGCUUGUCGAGUUUGCCAAGCUUCUGGCCGCGAGGAUGAAAGGCGGGGCUCCUCCUAAGCAAUAAUAUGAUCAGUUUCUGUGGACAACUAGGUUUCAUGUUGAAUGUGUUAGAAGUUGAUGGGGGUAUCUGUUAUGCUUCUUUUGCUAGCAAGUAACCUGUUUGUUUAAUUAUGUGGUGCAGGCUUGAAAAAUGUACUGAUGAAGAAUAAAUUCGACUUUCUAUGAAUGUUGUGUAAUAGUGAGCACUACUUUAUGUUAUGUUUUGGGUCUCAUUUGAAUGGACGAGCAAUGUUUGAAGAUUA